UUUGUAUCUAGAUCCUAGGUAAUGGAGUUUGUUCCAUCGCUCGCGGCCGCUCUCCCUCUUCUCGUGGCGAUCUUCACAGUUUACGUCCUGCCGACUUACAAGGAAUGGGUGCUUCUCCCUCGAGCUCUUGUCCAGGUUUGUAAGCAGCAAAGUGUCGAGAGCUAUGGCGACUCCUCCAGGCCGGGUCGGCUCGUCCGCUCCCAAGGACGCUUGUUCCAAUGCUGGGACACGCUCAGCGGGCUCAGCGCUUCCAGCCCCAAGGUCUUCUACGUGUCCGUAGGAAAGAUGGUCACGCUGGUCGUCUCGGAUCUCUCGCUGGUUCGAGCGUUUCUCACCAACGAUCCGGGGGUGGAGAGCUGCUACUCAAAGCCAUCGUUUGUACGAGUCCUCCGAAUCCUCGGGAAUGGAUUGUUUUCGUCCAGCGGCGAUGACUGGGCCAGGCAGCGGUCUCUCAUCGCUCCUGCCUUGCUCACCAAAGAAAUCAAGAGCAAGGUACAGGAUAUGGUGGAAUCGACCUCGCUCGCUUUGGAAAAACUGGCAGUCAAAGCCGAGACGAGCGGCAUCGUCGACAUGCACAGAUUCUUCCUGGGUUUAACUCUCGACGUUCUCCAAAAGACCGUCUUUGGAACGGAGCUCGGAGCCGAUCCUGGAACGCUCUUCCAGACUCUAAAGAGGUACCACCACGGCCGGAGAGAGCUCGUCUUUGGUCUUGCUGCCGUGAUCCCGGGAUACAGAUGGUUGCAAGAGAGGCUCCUCACGCAAGCUAGGCAAGACGAGGCCUGGAUCCGUGGCCUAAUGAAGGAAGUUCUCGUCCCGGCGGCCUCCACUUCUCGUUCGGAUCAUCACGGCAAUCGCCUCGUCGAGAUCUUCCGCGACUCCAGCGCCAUGACCGAGCAAGAAGCUCUCGACAACUCCGUCACCUUUCUCCUCGCCGGCCACGAGACCACCGCAGCGGUGCUAUCGUGGAGCCUCUACUUGCUGGCUCUCAAUCCCCAGUGGCAGCAUCGAGCUCGCGAAGAAGUCUCGCAAGUCCUCGGAUCCUCCUGGCCAUCGCCAUCUCCGUUGUCUUCCACCGUGCUUGCAUGGGAACAUCUCAGCAAGCUCAAGACGAUCGGGCUGAUCCUCAUGGAAGCAGUCCGGCUGUUCCCGCCGCAGCCACUCAUCGGGCGAAGCUGCGUGAGAGAGAACCAUCUGGGCGAUAUCAGAGUUCCUCCGGGUCUGGAGGUGAUCGUCCCCGUCGCGGCGAUUCAUCGCAGCGAAGAGCUCUGGGGCCGAGACGCAGCCGACUUCCGGCCCGACCGGUUCGAGAAUGGGAUCAAGUCGGCUUGCAGCCAUCCUCUGGCAUACUUGCCGUUUGGAAGCGGGCCGAGGACUUGCGUGGGGCAGAGCUUGGCCAUGGCGGAAGCCAAAGCGGUCCUUGCGAUGGUGCUGCUGAGAUUCAGCUGGGAGCUGAGCGGCAGCUAUCGGCAUGAACCCGACGUUACUCUCAACCUCCAGCCGAAGUUUGGAAUGCCGCUCCUUCUCACCCUCCUGGAACAAACUGCUUGAAAAUUCGUCCUAGAUCAAGCUCACAGGUCCAAGUUGUUGCCGACGAAGAGAUCAUUGCUGCUUAAGUUCUUCUCUCAGAGCCAUAGCCAUUCUUAAGUUAGCUUAAGAACGAAAUGUACGAAACAAGGACGUACGGGGGGUGUAGCUCAGAUGGUAGAGCGAUCGCUUUGCAUGCGAUAGGUAAGGGGAUCGAUACCCCUCAUCUCCAAAUAAUUAGUUCAAAUUUUGAAUUAAA